GGUGCGAAAAUAAAAGCAGGAAUCGGCGUUGAAAAGAGAAAUGUUGAUGCAAAGAAACAAAAGAUUGAGUCAAGUCUACAAUCUACAAUAUAUAGAUGUUAUUUGUUGUUUUGAGAAUAACAACAAUAGACUUUAAUACAAAGACAGAGUCCGGUCAGUGGAGAGGCAGGCGACCCUGUUCUUGGUUCCAGACACUCAGGCCACCAGCCCUCCUUCGUUCUACGAGCCUUGUUGUGCCCCUCGUCUCCUCGUGAAGAUGGCACCCUCCCUGGCCACAGCCUUCUCCAGGCGCUGGUGGAUGGCUGUGACAGCGGUCAUAGAGAACCUGCUGUUCUCUGCUGUGCUGCUGGGCUGGGGCUCCCUGCUCAUCAUGCUCAAGUCUGAAGGCUUCUACUCCUACCUCUGCAGAGAACCUGGUAACAGCACCAGUCAGAACCAGUCUGAGCCAGUCCAGGUUGGGGAUGCGGAGGGGAUCACCCAGAGCCCCGUGGUGGAGGAGGAGUACCUCCAGAUGAACGGCUGGCCCAUCUGUAAGGACCAGGAUGAGAUGCUGAACUUAGCCUUCACUGUGGGCUCCUUCCUCCUCAGUGCCAUCACCUUGCCCCUGGGCAUUGUCAUGGACAAGUAUGGCCCACGCAAGCUCCGGCUGCUCGGCAGUACCUGCUUUGCUUUCUCCUGUAUCCUGAUCGCUUAUGGAUCGAGCGACCCCAAAAAUCUGUCCGUCCUCAUAUUCUUUGCUCUGGCACUGAACGGGUUCGGAGGAAUGUGCAUGACCUUUACUUCCCUCACGCUUCCCAAUAUGUUUGGUGAUCUUCGUUCCACCUUCAUCGCUCUCAUGAUUGGAUCGUAUGCAUCCUCCGCUGUCACCUUCCCUGGGAUCAAGGUGAUCUAUGAUCUAGGAGCCACCUUCAUUAUUAUCCUGCUGGUGUGGGCUGCCUGCGCUGGCCUCGUCUUCAUCAACUGCUUCUUCAACUGGCCCCUGGAGCCCUUCCCUGGACCUGAGGAUAUGGACUACACUGUGAAGAUCAAGUUCAGCUGGCUGGGCUUUGACCAUAAGAUCACUGGAAAGCAGUUCUACCGCCAGGUGACCACGGUGGGGAGACGACUCAGCGUGGGGAACAGCAUGAAGCAAAACCCCAAGGAGCUGGCCCAACAGGAGGGCAACAAGCUGUGUCUCUCCACCGUUGACCUGGAGGUCCAGUGCAAGUCUCAGGAGGAAUCCCAGUCCUUCAUGAAGAGUAUCCUGAGUCCUAUCUUCAUGCUCAGCCUGAUCACCAUGUGUGUCACCCAGCUGAGACUCAUCUUCUACAUGGGAGCCAUGAACAACAUCCUCGAGUCGCUGUCCGACAGAGACUUGAACACAGUGAGUGUGUACACCUCCAUUUUCGGAGUGCUGCAGCUGCUCUGUCUGAUGACCGCCCCAGUGAUCGGGUACAUCAUGGACUGGAAACUCAAAGAGUGUGAGGAUGAGAACGCGAAGCCGGGCAAAAGAGAUCUUACCCAGCCCAAGCGUCGUGACAGACAGAUUCAGAAAAUCACCAACGCCACACGGGCCUUCAUCUUCACCAACCUGCUACUGAUGGGCUUCGGGGUCACCUGCCUCGUCCCCAACCUCCCUCUCCAGAUUCUAUCGUUUAUUCUACACACCAUUGUGAGAGGAUUCAUCCACUCUGCAGUUGGAGGGCUCUAUGCUGCUGUGUACCCGUCGUCUCAGUUUGGCAGUCUGACAGGCAUGCAGUCCCUCAUCAGCGCCCUGUUUGCCCUGCUGCAGCAGCCCCUCUUCAUGGCCAUGAUGGGCCCCCUGAAGGGAGACCCCCUAUGGGUCAACGUGGGCCUGCUGGGGCUGACGGUGCUGGGCUUCUGCCUGCCUCUCUACCUGCUCUGCUACAGCCGCCAGCUCCAACGCCAGAAGCAGGAGCGCGAGGAGGACCCCAAGAUCUACGUCCAGAUCAACAACGGCAGCACGCCCGAGGCCUUCAUCUAGAGAGACAGACUGACGGAGAUUUGUUUCAACAAUGAGAAGGAGGAACGGAGAGUGUGGGGAGGGAAGAGGUCACAGGUGUGACUGAACUGUAUGAUGAAAUCGCAAUCUCACCCACCAACUCCGGUCCCUCUACCGUCUGCACUUGCACUCAGACGAUUCUCUCUCUCUCUCACCCCCCCCCCCCCCCACACACACACACACAACUCCCUUACAUUCCCCCUCAGACACAGACAUAUAUACAAACACAUACACACAAGCGCUCGACACACACACCCCACGCCCACUGCCAAACACACUCUGUCAAACCUACAGUAUAUGUUCACCAAUCUCAGAGAACUACUAUGAUAAACGCGCACACUUUUACACUCCCCAGAACAUCAUUGACUACAUACACUGUGAAAGACACGCAACAACACACACGUUGUGAAACCUCUUCAACACACGCGCGGUUCCUUUUCCAUGGACACACCACCAAAUGGACAUUGUUCAUCUUUUCACCACUGAAAUGAGAAAGGACAACCGCGGGUCUGUGAACUGAGGAGAAAGGAGAGAAGAAGAGGCAGGAGGAUCUCCACGACUUUCUCCUCCCUUCCAGUCUCCUCUUUGUUUCAGUGCUCUUAUCAUUUUUUUGUCAAUGAUGCCAUGCUCACUCCUGCCUGUCAGUGCAAAAAGAGGACACUGAUUCUCCGGUCACCCUGCCGAAAAGAACUAGAGAGGAAGCAAGCGUUCAACGCCAUGUCAAAGACCCCCAGUGCUGGAUGUGGUGACUUGAACCAGAUAAGCAGAUGACGUCCUCCUCGCCACCACAAUACCCCGCCACCAGUGUUUUUACAUGUGUUUUCAAUGAUGCCAGUAACGACGACGAGUAUCGCCUCACUUUCUAAUUCUGAUCCAAGUUAGUCUCGCACCGUCUCGUGCUGCACUUGGGGUCUUCUACUUCACGCCCUGAAAACUGGUUUAAUGAUUAGGAUGUUAUUGAAACAUUAUCGAAACGUUUAUUGGCGAUAGGCCUGUAUUUUUCUCUGUGGUUGUUACAUGUCAAUGCCUCUCUGUUGUCGCAAGUAGUUCGGACUCGAGGUAGGAAUGAAACAGGUGGUAUAAAAGUUCCAGUACUCCAAAUGGUGCUAAGAGUUCAUCCUGCUAUAACGUUCCCAUUUGGUUCUGUAAUGUUCCCAUAACGUUCUGCAGUGUUGGGGAUAGUCAUCAAUGUAAAUGGUAAAUUGGUAAGAAUGGAACCUCAUGCAACCUUUAGAAGCUAGUUGAUGUAACCCUCUCAUCUAGCGAGUGUUCCUUCCAGUGUCUCAAAGACCAAAUCUUGUGACUCUUGUCUUUUUAGUUCUGCCGUUGAGGAUAACAGAGGCGUGGAGUGUUAAAGCCACAGAGGAGCUGUCGUUUUAAGACUGUUCAAACGGCUCUAGGAGAGUAGAAAGCGAAGGCAUGUUCUUUGUAACACUCAGCACUCUAGGUAAAAGCCCGAGGCAAUAGCUUUGCUUUGAGUCACUCUGAGCUAAGAGCAAGUGAUUCGGCCAAUGGGUUUCCAGUGAGCAGUGUGCAGGCCAGCGUUUUACUUCUGAGGAAUACUAUGUGACUGUGCAAAGUGGCUGUGCUUCAAACAAAAGUAUGGCACAGGUUGAAACAAGCCUCUUACCGGUA